AUGCGACGGACGAAGGGCGUCAGUGGUGUUGAGAAAUCUCCAGGCAGCAGCGGUGAUGCGGUCAUAGGGAGAGAAAUGAGGAGAGGAGGAGGUGGUUCGAACCCACCGAGUACAACAGCAGCAACAACGGCGGAGAGGCGCCUGCUCGAGUCCCCAUCGGCAGUUACGUCUUCCACAGCAAUGGCAGCAAGCUUCGUCGGCAUCCAUGGAAGGAGGUGGUGGCGGAGACUGGAGGGCAAUCCACGAGCAACCGGCGACAUAAACGCAUGUAGCUUCGCUUUCCCGACAUUAGAAUGGACACGGGGUGGUUGCUCCGUUGAUUUGGGGAUCUCAACCGAGGUGGUGGCUGUCGGAAGUUAA